AGCCGUGUCUUAUCUCUGUCUGGCGUGUGUAGCUGUGUCUUGCCUCUGUCUGGCGUGUGUAGCUGUGUCUUGCCUCUGUCUGGCGUGUGUAGCUGUGUCUUACAUCUGUUUGGCGUGUGUAGCAGUGUCUGACGUGCCCUUAUAUGUGAUGUGAAGCUGUGUGUGUGUGUGACGUAAAGCUGUAUCUAACGUAAAACUGUGAUGUGUUGCUGUGUCUGACGUGAAGCUGUGUCUGUGACGUGAAGCUGUGACUCCCUGGAGCAGAGUCUGUGCCUAUAGCGUUCUCUACUACACAACAUUCCAAAAUCAUUGAAGGAAGAUGGCAAAAUCUUCACCGUAUUCAAACAGGAUCGGUAUGACUGCGGCUCUGGACAUUGUCGAAGACACACUGAAAUCUUUGCAGGAGAAAGCUCAACAACAAAGCCAAAAGCCAGAAUUUAAAAAUGCAGAGACAAAUACAUCUUUUCGUGCCGAUUGUAAAAUUCAGACAUCAAAGGCCAGUUCAAUUUCAGAACAUCAACAACAAAAGGAGACUAGUGUUUUAAUUAACCGCAGACCAAGUAUACAUUCUGAUAAUUCCAGAAGUCAUCAUGAAGUUUAUAGAGGAAAUAAAGCAGCAAAAGCCAAAAAAAAGAAAAAAUCCAUUCCAGGGUCACAGGCAUCAAAGCACAGCAGAAAAUUACAACAGCAGUCUUGCUCCAGUUUGCCAUCCAGUCAUGAUAUUUCUCAUGAGAGUUCCACGAGUGAGAAUUCUAUCAGAACUACACACAGCCAACAAAGAAGAGAAAUUCCUACACACUCUGGUAGUAAUGCCUCAGAGAAAAGAGUUAGCAGAAACAGAGAAAGACACAGUGAGAGUUCUCCAGAUGAGUCUUUAAACAGAAGGAAAUAUGAGUCACGAGUCAAGCCUCCUCAGUGUUCUAGAGAGCCGCAUCAAAGAAGCAAGGAGAAAGGAGUCCCUCAUACUUGUAAAACGACCAAGCCUGUGUCAGACCAAAGUUACGCGCGGCCUACUUUAACAUCAAAGUUUAGAGAUUCACUUUCAAGUCAAAAGAAAGAAGAGAAAGGAAAAGAAAAUAUUGUUACAUUCAUUUCAUGUGGAUCUAAGAGUAAGAGCUAUCAUGUGGGAGUGAUUGCACAGCAAGAGUUGAACCACUUAAAACAUAUGUCAUCGAAGGAGCUGGAGUACAUCACAGUUCGCCACACACGUAAGCAAGACCUUAAGGCUGAUGAAACUGGGAAUGAUAGUGAGCCAGUGAGUGAAGAAACAGUCAAGAGAGCCAUGGCAAAUAUUCACCAUCACAUUGCUCUGGCUAGGAAGCAUGCAUCCAAGAACUAAUUUGUGAUAGUGUCUAGAUUUGUCUUCGCAUUUACUUCCGGUGAUCAUCAUUUCAUAUUUGUUUUAGGAAAUGUAUUUGACUUCCAUCCAGAGUAGAAGACAGUCUCUUCUGAAAACUUAUAUUUUAAAUGUCAGUGUAUAUAACUGUUAUGUCAUUGUUUUAGUGCAUAAAUGUAUAGAUAUAUUUUAUUUGUUCUCAUAAGAAAGAUUGUAUGUGAUAUAUCCAGGUUUAUAUCAUAUUGGGGUAGGUAAUGGGAUAGUUAAAUAAAGCUAUAUUUGUCAUAUACAGUAUAUAUAUAUGAUGACCACAGUAUACAAAAAUGACUUACGUUGAAAUAAUAAUCUAUUACUUAGAAAACACAAGAGAGAUGUGGGAUGAUGUUUGAUUCUUAAGUUGGGACCCUCUCCCUGCUGAAGAGGAUCCCGGCAUGGGACUGAAAUGUCUAAUUUAUAUUUCUUGUGUUUUCUUAAUACUGUACUGUAGUGGGUUAUUAUUUCACUGAUCAGUGUGCUAUUGCACUUUACCCUUAUCUUUCAUAUUAUAUAAUUGUUAAGUCUUAGGUUAUAUUUACAAAAAUGUUUUAUUUUAGAAAUAAACAUGUAUACCUCGGGCAGCAUUAACAUUAAACAUCAAGAUGUUCUUUUUUU